UACAGACUAUGAUGCACUCUAGCGACAAAACAACUUAACUAAGAGGAGGUAACUCUCCUUUUUUUGCGUCAUCUUUUUACGAAUCGAAAAUAAAUUUGCUUAUGUCAAGUCCUUACCAGAAAUGGAUCUGAAGGUGAGAGAAUGCAAAAUUUAAAUGUUUCUUUUGUUUUGCAUAUUUAAAUUUUUAAUUAAUCAAGGAUAUGAUUAUAAAAAAUAUGUAUCAAUCAUCGUAUCUCGGUGAAUUUGCUACUCGGGAGGAUAAACCACCACAACAAAACAACACUAAUGUCGAGGGCGUAGAUGAAUCCUUUUUAACGAAACACCCACUUCAUUUGAAUGUCGAUAAAAAAACUGCAUCAUCAAUUCUGUCAUUAGAAAAUGAUUGUGAAUAUUUUUUCAUUGCUUUCCGACGUCCUGAAGUGCGGAAGAGCACUUUACCAGUAGGGGGCCUUUAUUUCACCCUUCCUGACGAUCAAGAUAUUGAGCCUAAAGUUGAUGAAGACACUAAUUUAGUAUGUGUCGUGUUUAUUGAUGAAACCCUGGUUCCCCCUCCAUUCCCGACAAAUCGGGAGCUGGACGAAGGUAGUGAAGUAGAUGAAAAAUCAAACCUAAUCAACUCUAAAGUCUAUCUAUAUUGCACUAACCAGUUUUUACAACACUAUGGUUGGGAACCAUCACAGAAUAUAGUUUUCAGAAGGAUAAUACCCUUUCCUCUGGAGAAAGUUAUAUUGUCUGUUAAGGAUUUAGAUACGUAUAAGGCAUUAAAAAACUUGGAUUUUCGUCAUCUUCUUUUGCAAGUAUGUAAACAUGGUGUUUUGGUGCGGACCAAUGAUUUGUUCCUUGCAUUAUGGGUUCCUGGAAAGCUUAAUUCUUCAGUACCGAACUACUUUCAACAUAUUGUGGUCACUGAAUGUUGUCCCUUUAGACAGGGUCUACUAACAGCUAAAACUGAAAUAUUUACUAUACAUGAGGAAACUAGUGCUUCAAAUCCCCGCAAGUCUCGCAUGGAUUGUUUGUCUAAAGACAGUUUAUUCUUCUCAACCUUCUGUCCGUGGAGCAAAAAACCUAAAGACAACAGUUUAGAUACCAAUAUAAUGGUACCUGCAAAAAUUGUUGGUGAUAAGAGACUCAGAGAUGUGAUGAUACGAACUGAUUCAGAUCAAGAAUUUGAUCCAAACUAUAUUAUAUGCAUGUCUCGAAAAUUGAUGUUAGCCAACAAACUAUUUGACAGUAGUAUUGUUGAAGUGUAUUGUAUUGGGAACAAAGUCGAACUUUUCCGAGAAAAAGAUGAUAUAUUUGAAAAUGACUUUGAAUCUUCUCCAAAAAGGACCACAAUUGUUCGCUCCAAGAUGGCAAUGGUGAAGUGUCUAGGAAGAAGGUAUGAUAAAUCUCGCUUUGCUUUCAUUUCUCCAAUUCUGCUGUUCAAUAUACAAGUACCUCCACAGCACCUCCCCACUACAAGUGUAGCAAUUGUCAUUAAGAAACUACAAAAUGUUAAUGGAAAGCAAACAAACGAUUCCUUUUUAGAUAAUUUGAAACUCUGGAAUAUAGUGAUUGCCAAAAAGGUCAUUUUCAGCCUAAUUAAAACACCUGGUAGUGAGGAUUUACCUUCAAAGGAACUUGAAAAAUAUUUUACAUAUCCUCGUCUAAUGGAAAAAGGUGAUAUUUUCUGCAUAAAAAUAAAAAAUAAUAGCCUCUCCCAAACAGAUCUUUCCUUUGAAAAGAGUUCGAUUUUCUAUCUUAAGGUUGAGAAUAUCAAACCAAACCUUGAACAUGGUGAUAGACAUCUUGUACAUCCAAAACAUACAACUACAAGUCUCAAAGAAAAUUAUACUGCCCAUAGCUUUGUACCUUAUCUCCUCAAUGACUCACCCCCUUACUGGUGUCAGUCUAAACCUGCUGGACUGGAAUCUUAUGUGGAAAACUUGUUAAGAUUGAUUUUACCAUUUCUUAAUGACACACUAGAUGCAAAAGUUCAAGAAAUUCUAUCUCCCACUAUAUUAAUAUCUGGUCCUAGUGGUGUUGGCAAGACAACUGUAAUUGAUGCCGUGGCAAGAACAUUAUGUCUGCAGGUCAUCAAAGUAAGCUGUCAAGAUCUCAGCAGUAUGUCACCAUUUACUAUGAUUGAGAAAAUUAAAAAUAUUGUUCGGACGGCAAAAGAAUAUUCCCCAUGCAUUCUAGUAUUGAAAAACUUGGAAUUUUUGGGUCGCUCAGAAAAGCAUAGCAUUGAUAUGAAGAUAGGUACGUUUUUUGUCGAUAUUCUGCAGCAAGCUAAGCGAUAUGCUUUAGAUUAUCCUAUGUUGAUUAUUGGGACCACUGAAAAUAUACAAGAAUUGCAACCUAAUAUUCCAGAGGGAUUUCUACAUCAUAUGAAAAUGCAAGUUCCUUCUGAAGCUGAACGUGCAAUUAUAUUCACUAAUUUGACAGAAGAUGUAUACUUUUCUGGUGAUGUAUCAUCAACUUACAUCAGUCGGCGUACUGCAGGCUAUGUGUUAGGGGAUAUAGUUGAUCUGGUGAAAAGGGCACAAGCGGAAGCCUACAAACGAGUGACUGAUUUUGUGGGAAUUAAAGACAAAAAAUGGCAUGAGACACAUAACGAUCUUUGUACUUCAGGUGUAGUCAUACAACAUUGUGAUUUUGAAAAUGCACUUGAUAGUUUACAGGCCUCACAAGCAGAUGAAUUAGGAACACCUAAAAUUCCCAAAGUUAAAUGGGAAGAUAUCGGUGGUCUAAGUGAUGUAAAACAAGAGAUUUUAGACACAAUUCAGUUGCCUCUUCUGCGUCCUGAACUUCUAGCUGCUGGUCUGAGACGUUCUGGAAUACUCUUACAUGGUCCACCAGGGACAGGAAAAACAUUGAUUGCCAAAGCUGUUGCAACAGAAUGUUCUUUGAAUUUUUUCAGUGUCAGAGGACCUGAACUUAUGAACAAAUAUGUUGGACAAAGUGAAGAAAAUGUACGCAAAGUAUUCCAACAAGCUCGUGAUGCUGCACCAUGUGUUAUCUUUUUUGAUGAACUUGACUCAUUAGCCCCCAAUAGGGGUCGCAGUGGAGAUACUGGUGGUGUAAUGGACCGUAUCGUUUCACAGUUACUUGCUGAGCUUGAUGGAUUACACAAGUCAAAUAAUGUAUUUGUUAUUGGUGCAACAAAUCGUGUUGAUUUACUGGAUCCUGCACUGCUGCGACCUGGCAGAUUUGACAAAGUUCUUUAUAUGGGUGUUUGCAAAAGCAAAGAGUCACAACUAAAAAUACUUCAAGCUGUUACAAGGAAAUUCAAACUUGGUAAUUUCUCACUGAAGUCUAUUGUGGACAAAUGUGAUACAGAUUUGACUGGCGCUGAUUUUUAUGCCUUAGCAUCAGAUGCUUGGAUGAAUGCCACAAAAAAGAUCAUUCAAAAGUUAGAAGUUGGUCGUGAUGUAGAUACAUCCAAAAUAACUGUUGAAGAGACUGAUUUUUUGGAAGCUUUAGGAAAUCUAGUUCCAUCUGUAUCUGAAAAUCAACAUGAACGCUAUAAAAAUCUUCAGAAUACAUAUGCUACUUAAACUCUUGACUUUUUUUUGGAAUAUAUAUGCUAUCUGAGCACUGUUGUCAAGUAUUGGUAAUUGAAAAAAAAAAAUAAGAUCUUUAAUCAAAAACAUUUAUGAAACAAAAUUCUGAAUAUAUGAAAUUCAUUCAAUUUCGCUAUUUAUUUUAAAAAUUCAUCUUUUUUUUCUUCUUUCAUAUUCACACAUCAUUGCUCGACAUAGACCUGAUUGCAUUAUUGCACUGUGUACUUGCAACAGAAGUGUCUAUUUGUUCCAAUAGUUGAUAUAUAGGUUUCAACUGCUGAGAAUUUAGCUUAAUUGUUCAGUUCCUUUAUGUGAUUUUCAACUUCUUUUAUAGCUUGUGAAUUUAUUUCAACUAUGAAAUACUUUACAUCAUGAGUUAUGAUUAAUAUAUUCUACCCUACAUUGUAAACCAUGAAGAAAUACAAGUAUCUUUUCUUUUAAACAAAAUGAGCAAAAUCUUUUUGUGUGAGUAAUGUGUGUGUGCGUGAGAGUGUAUGUAUUUGCAUAUUGCAAACAGGUACAAUCCUGAACAGGUCCAUCCACAAAAACCUCCACCUUAUGCACCAAGAAGAAAUAUUUCUGUAAAACAGUAGCAACAAAUGAGACUGAUGAUUAACUUCCAGUCCAGUUGCAUAUGAUGAAGGGAAGUAAAAUCUUUCCCUGUCCUUGGUUAAGACACAAGUUUCUCAAAGUUAACAUUCCAAGAUGAUUUCAUAUAAACUUCCAAAUGUGAGGCACAGAGAAUUAAGGAAUCUUUUCUAAUUGUAGAUAAUAUAGAAUCCCAGUGUCUAGCAGGAUCUGAUUGUUGCUGGAUCACUCUAGGCAACAUUUAAUUAUUGCAGUUAUUUUUGCCAAGAUGCUCCACUUGACUAAUGACAAAUAGUAAGGAAAAGAGGGUAAAUAAACUAUUGUAUCCAGUUAAAAAUUUCUCAACACUCAUGGUGAAGAAUGUGUACAGAAUAGAUAAGUGAGAGUAAUAACAGAAUAUAGUUUCAGUUUUCAAAUGAAUAUAUAUAUAUAGAGAGAGUAGUGGAACCAUUAGUGGAUCAAAGAAAAUAUCUUCUGGUAUUUAGUUAGGGUUCUUUCCUCUGAGUUCAAUUUCACAUCAUUGUGGGAUUGAUAAAAUAAGUACCAGUCAAUUCUUAGGUCUGUUGUUAUCAACUGUUUUAGCUCCUCUUCUUGAAAGAAAUCAAUGAAGCUGACCACCAGUUGAUAGAUAACUCAGAUAACUGAUAGAAGAAAACCCAAGUGAUUGACUCUGUUUAUCUACAUUAGAUCACGAAUAAAUUAAUAGUAAUAUAUCUAUCUCUUUCUCCCAUUUUCUGUGUGUGUGUACAUGCACACAUACUAAAGGCUUUUUAACCCAAUAAUUACACAUUAUUAUUUAUAGCUUUGUAUGCUUCAAGUAUCACUAUUCCAAAAGAAUUAUUUAAGAUCUCUUGAAGUUUCUAAAUUCUUAUGAUGUAAAUAUGUGUAUGUGUGUAUAUAUAUGUAUGUAUGUAUAUGAGGGUGUGUGGCCUAGUGGUUUGGGUAUUGCACUCACAAUCACGAGAUCAUGGUUUCAAUUCCUUGAUCAGGUGGUGCAUUGUAUUCUUGAGCAAAACUUUUUGACACCUGACAUGUGGCACACUUGUGCACCUGUAAAGGCAAGGUCAGCUUGGAUGGAGUGAGCUAAUGUACAGCACAAACAUCUCAUCACUAUAAACGAAUCAUCUGUGCAGGUUGUUCAGCAAGAGACUACCAUCAUAUAUAUGUGUGUGUGUGUGUGUAUAUAUGUUUACACACACACUCUCACUCACUCACUCACACACACACACAGAGUUUAGUUUUAAGCAUGCUUUGCAUCUGUCAAUUUCAAUUUGUGCUUUUGAAUAUUCUCAGUGAUAAAUAAAUGAAUGAAUGUCUGCAAGUUAUUUAUUCAGGUUUAAUUCCAAGUGCAAAUGUUUGUUUGAAAAUGCAUGGAAGGAAUGAGUGGAACAAGAUGACAGGUGAUAUUGCACCUUUUGCCAGAGGGUGUGUUUCUGUGAUAUAUAUUUUCUCCUUAAAAAUCACUUACAGUACUUUGCAACAGCAACAUAUUAAACCAUAUUUUCUCUCUCUUUUGUCAUUAUGUUCGUUGUGUUUCCUUUAUGAGUAUUUUUCUUAUAUCCCUUUUCUUUUUUUCUUUAGGGAGAGAGAGAGAGAGGUUUUUUUUUUUUUUUUGCAUUUUUUAGCUACCAUAUGAUUGUUUAUCUAUAAUGUGGUGUUUUGAAAAAGUAUAAAUUGUUCAAUCAGUAUAUUUUUUAUGAUAAUUAUAAAAGAGGAAAAUAAUUGUAAAAAUAAUUGCUGAAACAAAAGAGAAAAAAAAAACAAAUAUACUUUAUGUAUUGAAAACAGUAAUGCUCUAAAACUUGUUAAUGUUAUGUCAUAAAUUAACAUUGCAUUGUCUACCUAAAAUAUAAGGCCUUUGUGCCUGGUAAAAAUUUUUAAAAAGCAGCAUUAAACAAUAGUGAGUAUUAUAUAUUAGAAUAUAUUCUAAGAGAACCUAAGUCUGCAGUCAGUUUUAAUUCCCAAGUGUAGACAUAUGCCUCCAAGACUGUUAAAAUGAAUAUCACAUGAUCUCAUUAUUAUUCUUCUCUGUAAAGCUGAGGCCUUGUGUCUGUGGUGUAAGAAAUCAAUAUUAAACAUGACUGUCACUAAUAAAUAUUACCAUGAUAACACUGGUUAUUGUAAAGGAAAAAAACAAAAACAAAAACAAAUAAAAAGCAUAACUGAUUAGCAUGUAUGAGAGAUUCUAUCAUCUAUGUUAUCUUUCAUAGUAUUUUCUGUAUUGUAUACAUAUGCAAGUAUUGAAGAGAUCCAAAUAAUAAAUCUACUUAAAUUUAA